CCCUCAUUCGUUUUCCACAGCAAUAAUAUGUUCCUUCUGGGAAAGCGCCUUCAAUCAUGCUAUAUGCCUAUAAAUUUUUAUAGCCUCCAAGAGUUUUCCACACCCCCACACGCAAAAAAUACACAUCUCUGGUAUUUAAUUGCUUUCGUUAAUUACCUUGUUCAAAUUCGGUUCUCAUGGGAAGCAUUGUUCAAACUCUGUUUGUACAACAGCCUUCUACCUUGGCUUCUACUUCUACUCCUCCCGAUCAGUGCAAGACAUGGGAUGCUUUCAUUAGUUUUAGAGGCAAAGAUAUCCGUCAGGGUUUUGUCUCCCAUCUCCAUGAUGCAUUGCUGCGAAAACAGAUCAAUGCCUUCUUGGAUAAGAACCUUGAUAAAGGACAAGAGAUCUCAAGUUCUCUCUUGGAAACAAUUGAAAAAUCAUACAUCUCAGUGGUGAUUUUCUCUGAAAAUUAUGCAGAUUCCCCAUGGUGUUUGGAUGAGCUUGUGAAGAUACUUGAAUGCAAGAAAACAUCAGGACAAAUGGUCCUACCAAUUUUUUAUCAUGUAGAUCCAGCUGAUGUUCAAGAAUUGAGAGGGAAUUUUGGGAAGGCAUUUCGUAAACAUAAAAAAGAUGUAAAAAAGGAGAAGGAAUGGCGCCAUGCUUUGAAAGAAAUCAGCAACUUAGCAGGAUGGGACUCAGAGUCACGGAAUAUCAAGUCUGAGUCCGAACUAGUUGAGGAAAUAGUAAAUGUUGUUUUGGAGAAAUUAAAUAACACCUUUAAAGGUGAUUAUGAGAAUGAUGAUUUAGUUGGAAUUGAAUCACGUGUGAAGAAAAUGGAAGAAUUAUUAUUUUCUGAAUCAAUAAAUGAUAAACGAGUUGUAGGAAUUUGGGGGAUGGGAGGUAUUGGAAAGACAACUCUUGCUGAAGAAUUAUUUCGUCGAAUCAAGGCUAAAUUUGACAGUCACUGCUUUGUUGCCAAUGUUAGAGAAGAAAUAAUGAAGCAAACAUCAAAUACUUUGCGAGAUAAAGUCUUCCGUCAAUUAGGAGAGAAAGAUGGAUAUAUAGAUACGCCUCGUCUAGGGGUUUUCACGAGGACAAGACUUCAGCGUAAAAAAGUACUCCUCAUCUUUGAUGAUGUAGAUGAUUCAUAUGUUUUAAAGGGUUUAGGUGGGAACCUUAAUUGGUACAAUAAGGGAAGUAGAAUAAUUAUAACCAGCAGAGAUAGGCAAACACUCAUAAAUGUUUGCCUUGAGGAGCAUAUAUAUGAGGUUGAAGAAUUAAUUGAUCAUGAAGCUCUCCAUCUCUUUAGCUUAUAUGCCUUCAAACAAGAUCAUCCCAAAGAAGGAUAUGAGAAGCUAUCGGAGAUGGCAAUAAGAUAUGCUAAAGGCAAUCCGUUGGCUCUUAGAGUUUUAGGCUCUAAUAUGUAUAGUAAGGGUAUAGAAGAUUGGGAAAGUGAGUUGAAAAAAUUGAAAGAAAUUCCUGAUUUGAACAUUCAAAAAGUCCUGAGAAUAAGUUAUGAUAACCUAGAUCGUUAUCAAAAAAGUAUAUUUCUUGAUAUUGCAUGUUUCUUUAAGGGGGAGCCUAGAGGUCGUGUUGAGGGAAAACUAGAUGCUUGUGGUUUAUCUGCAAGAAGUACAAUAGGUCGUCUAAUUGAUAAAUCUCUCAUAACCAUUUCAUCAUCCAAUGGUAUUGGUAUGCAUGACUUGUUGCAACAAAUGGGCUUCGAAAUUGUUUAUGAGGAAUCCAAACAACCUGGAAAACGCAGCAGGUUAUUGAAUUACAAGGAUAUCUGUUGUGUAUUGACAAAAGAAACGGGAACUGAAAAUGUUGAAGGCAUAUCACUUAACAUGUAUGAGGUGAAUGAUAAUUUGGUGCUAAGUUCCACAGCCUUCCAGAAGAUGUACAAUCUUAGAAUCCUCAAAUUCUUCAAUGAUUCUAAUUCUAGUCGAGGACAAUUGCAGCUUCCUAGCGGCCUUGAAUUUCUACCAGAAGGGCUAAGAUAUCUUCACUGGGAUAGAUACCCUUUGAAUUAUUUGCCAUUGAAGUGUUGCACAAAAUAUCUUGCGGAACUCCGCAUGCCCUUGAGCAACCUCACAGAUCUUUGGAAUGGAGAUGAGGCUCUUGGAAAUUUGAAACUUUUAGACCUCACCAGCUCUAUGAAGCUGACCAGAGUUCCAGACUUGUCUAGAUUCCCAAAUCUUGAGGUUUUACGUUUGGGCGGAUGCAGAAGCUUGAUUGAGAUUCCUAGCAGCAUUGGCGAGUUAAAAUGUCUAAAAGAAAUUGAUCUACUGAGAUGCUUUAAACUGCAUCGUAUUCCCCAAAGCAUCUGCAAUCUGAAAUCUCUUACAGUCCUUGGGAUGUCAGAUUUUUUGAAUGUCACUGAAUUGCCAGAGAACAUAGGGGAUUUAGAAUUUCUAGAGACCCUUGAAAUAGUUCGCAUUGGAAUAAAAGCAUUACCAUCCUCCAUCAAUCAAUUGGAAAAUUUGGUUUCCUUAAGGUGUAGAGGCUGUAAAGGUUUGACAUUGCCUCCUUUGACAGGUUUGUCCCGCUUACGGGACAUGAGUUUAGAUGAGUGUGGUAUAAUAGAAAUUCCCCAGAGUCUUGGGCUUUUAGUCUCAUUGAGAUCCUUAAGUUUAACUGAAAACAAUUUUGAGAGCAUACCUGCAAGCAUUAAACAACUAUCUAAGUUGAAACUGCUUUACUUAUUUGGUUGCAAGAGACUCAAAUGUUUACCAGAGCUUCCAUCAUGCUUAAGAAAUUUGUCUUUAGGGAAUUGCACAUCUCUCAAAUGUUUACCAGAGCUUCCAUCAUGCUUAAGAAAUUUGUCUUUAGGGAAUUGCACAUCUCUCAAAUGUUUACCAGAGCUUCCAUCAUGCUUAAUAGAUUUGUCUUUAGGGAAUUGCACAUCUCUGGAAUCAGCAUCAACUUCUUUCCUUUUCCCAGAACACAAAGACGAAGAUCGAAUUGAAAAUUUUCUUGACUUUAGUAAUUGCAUCAGUUUGGAUAAGGAGAAAGUGAUGGAGGAUGUAUUGGAAACGCAUCUGUUGAAACACAAGAUUGUUCGUUUGUGUAUUCCCGGGGAUGAAGUGCCUCAAAGGAUGAGAUAUAAGAACCAGAGUGGAUCUUCUCUUUCAUUCACACUAGAUCAGCCUAACUUGAUUGGUGUUUCUUUAUGCCUUGUUUUUUAUCCCAAAAAUUAUUAUGGUUAUUAUGUUAGGUUUAAUUGCGAAGCCCAAUUCAUUGAUAAAUCUGGACACAACAGUAAAAAUUCCAAGUUCAGUUUCCAGGGUCACUGGAUAACUGAUCCGUUGGAAUCAGAACAUGUGUACCUUUGGAAUGAAUUGCUCUACAGUUCCGACAGGUUCGUUGAGGCCAAAUUUCAGUUCUUCAUUGAAGAGGCCUCGUUUCCGUACUACAUUGAACAUUUUUCACUCAAGCCACAACAUAAUUCCGGGGCUAUAAUUAAGUGUGGGGUACUUCCUAUAGUUCGAGAUGAUUUUCUCUGCAGAGAUAAAAAGAGAAGCAGAAAUCAAGAAGAUGAGGAAGAAGAACCUUCUCCCCUAAGAAUGAAACAAGACCCAAAACCUUACAACAGCACUACCGCCACAGCAGAGUCUCAUUAAGUGUUUAAAGAUUUCGUGUUUGGAGGCUUUUGUGUGCGACUUUUCUGCAGAAUUUGAUGCAGCUCUCAGCUUUCUAAACCUUUGGCUUUUGUUCUGCUGGCAAUUGUUUGCUGCCUUUUGUGAUGCAACUUUGGUGCUGUAUUAUUGGCGUGUUUUGUACCUUUCUUUCUAUGCUUUUUCACUUGGAAUACCAUUGUUGGGUGUAAUAGGGAAGCCUAUCGGAUUGGUUUAAUCGGCAAAGUCCAUACCAAGUAUUUUCUAGAUUCCAUUUAUCAAUAAAAUUUUGCUUAUAAAAGCAAUUGUGCUGAAUUAUAAAUUUUGAAUAACACCACAGUCGAUCCAUCUUAAAGUUCAAAAGCAUCCACAAUAGGGCCAGUUUGACAUUUUCCUGUCCCCAGUUUCUUAGGCAAUCCAGGACUGUCUAGUUCAAUUGUACGGCACUUUUGUGGUGAUCAACCAAACUACCAAUCCUAUUCCUGAAGAAUCCUCGAAUAACCCGCUUGUUUUUGGACUCAUUACUGGACUCGCUUUUGAUUUAUUGUUGGAUCUACAACUGGGUUACUCUAUCCCGUCCAGAGACUAAAGUUCUUGCAGAAGUUCAUAGAGUUCCUUUUUGCAAAAGAACACAGAAAAUCAUCUGUCACAUUGGUAUGUCUUCUCAUAAUGCUGAAUUCCAUUCGUAAAUACCAUAGGUUACUCUAUAUGCUUGAAAGACGACAAUGACUAUGAAAUAGAGAAAAGAUUCAGAUUAUAAAGCCUAUAAGAUUUACCUUAAAAGCUCUGUUUUCUUUAAUGUUUUCUUAUCUU